CUAGGCCAUCCCGUCGAGCUCCGGGUCUCAGUUGUCCUCAGAGUUGCCUGGUCGGAAAGUCUCGAGGGUAAGGCGUUACCCUCGGGACAGCGGGCUCCCCUGGCCACCAGGGACGAGGCCAAGGCCCCAGGGUGGGUGUCCUUUCCUUGGAAGCGGGUUCAGGGUUCUGAAGAGUUUCCCCUCGGCGGUCCUGAGCUGGCAGUUCUGGCGGUGGCUGCUGAGGCCCUGCUCAGCGGCGGUCGCAUGCAGCUCCUAUGAAGCCCCUGUCGCCGGUCGGCGAUGUCCGGCUGGACUUGUCGCCGCCGCUGCUGCCGGCUGUGAGCGGGUCUCCGGUCGGGUCGUCCGGGCGUCUCAUGGCCGCUAGCAGCUCCCUGGUGCCCGACCGGCUGCGCCUGCCGCUCUGCUUCCUCGGCGUCUUUGUCUGCUAUUUCUACUAUGGGAUCCUGCAGGAAAAGAUAACAAGAGGAAAGUAUGGGGAGGGAGCCAAGCAGGAGACGUUCACUUUUGCCUUAACUUUGGUCUUCAUCCAAUGCGUGAUCAAUGCUGUGUUUGCCAAGAUCUUGAUCCAGUUUUUUGACACUGCCAGGGUGGAUCGUACUCGGAGCUGGCUCUAUGCUGCCUGUUCUGUCUCCUAUCUGGGUGCCAUGGUCUCCAGCAACUCAGCACUACAGUUUGUCAACUACCCAACUCAGGUCCUUGGUAAAUCGUGCAAGCCCAUCCCAGUCAUGCUCCUUGGAGUGACCCUUUUGAAGAAGAAGUAUCCAAUGGCCAAGUACCUGUGUGUGUUGCUAAUUGUGGCUGGAGUGGCCCUUUUCAUGUACAAACCCAAGAAAGUAGUCGGGAUAGAAGAACACACAGUUGGCUAUGGAGAGCUGCUCCUGCUCUUGUCUCUCACCCUGGAUGGACUGACCGGCGUUUCCCAGGACCACAUGCGGGCUCACUACCAAACAGGCUCGAACCACAUGAUGCUGAACAUCAACCUUUGGUCGACAUUGUUGCUGGGAGCUGGAAUCCUGUUCACUGGGGAGCUCUGGGAGUUCUUGAGCUUUGCCGAACGGUACCCUACCAUCAUCUAUAACAUCCUGCUCUUUGGCCUGACUAGUGCCCUGGGCCAGAGCUUCAUUUUCAUGACAGUGGUGUAUUUUGGUCCCCUGACCUGCUCCAUCAUCACCACAACUCGAAAGUUCUUCACCAUUUUGGCCUCUGUGAUCCUCUUCGCCAACCCCAUCAGCCCCAUGCAGUGGGUGGGCACUGUGCUUGUGUUCUUGGGUCUUGGUCUCGAUGCCAAGUUUGGGAAAGGAGCCAAGAAGACAUCCCACUAGGAAGAGAGAGACUACCUCCACUCCAAGAAUAUUUUAAGUUAUUUUCUUGAACAGUGAUAUCUUUUGGGAAAAUGGACACAAUAGAGAUAAAGGACUAGGUUUCAGUCUGGGUAUUUUUUGUUGCUUUUGUUAUUUUUUUUUUUUUUUAAGGAAGCAAAAUCACAUACUCUAAAAAAAGCAUUUGGAUUUUAACAAGA